UGCCUAAGAUUGUAAUUAACAAUUAUGUUAAUGUCAUGAUGAUUGCAUUCAAAGUAAAGGCUCUAAUUUGCCAGGGGAAGAUCAAUCAUUUCAAAAGACAUCUACUGCUUGCAACAACGAAUCACAGAUGCAGACACACAAAGAGUAAUUCAUAUAAACUACUAAGUUACAGGCCACCUGAUUGGGCAAGCCAGCUUCAAAUGAUUCCAUUAGUGAAAGUUAAGCUUUUUCAGCCAUUUACACCUAUUCAUAAAUGGAGUCUUCCAAAUAUACCAGAUGAUGUUGAUAUUUAUAUCAAGCGAGAUGACAUGACUGGAUCUGUUUUAUCAGGUAACAAGGUACGGAAGUUGGAGUUCUUACUAGGUGAAGCCUUAGCAACUGGUUGCCAAGCAGUAAUAACAUGUGUUGGAGUUCAGUCAAACCAUUGUCGCACAACAGCAGUUGCAGCUAAACAACUUUCUCAGGUCCAGGGAGUGACUGACAGGUUUGAUGAUGUCAUACUAACUGUAGGCAGUGGUGGAACAGCAGCUGGUGUUGCUAUUGGGAACUUCCUUACUGGAUCCCAUCUCAGGGUGCAUGCCUUUGCUGUGUGUGACACUGCGGAAUAUUUUCACUCUCAUAUCAAUGAGACUCUCAACAGUAUUGGUUUAGGUGACACGGUGAGGUCACAUGACAUCAUCAACAUCCAUGAGGGAGCAAGAGGACUAGGAUACGGCAUUUCAAAACCAGAGGAAUUGGAAUUCAUUAAAACAGUAGCCCAGCAGACUAGUAUUUUGCUUGACCACACAUACACUGGUAAAUCAGCACUAGCACUGACCAACGAGCUCAGGAAACACAGGUCAAAGAUCAAAGGCAGCCGAAUACUCUUUCUACAUUCAGGUUGAAUAUUUAGCAUGUUUGAUGGGCGGCUAGGAGAUGUUCUAAUGCAGUCAGCUGGAGAAACAUUGGUACAGAACUGGAUGAACCCUGAAGAUGAACCAACUAUUGUAUGAUGAUACAUUCAUCAUACAAUAGUUGUAUGAUGAUACAUUCAUCAUACAAUAGUUGUUUGAUGAUACAUUCAUCAUACAAUAGUUGUAUGAUGAUACAUUCAUCAUACAAUAGUUGUUUGAUGAUACAUUCAUCAUACAAUAGUUGUUUGAUGAUACAUUCAUCAUACAAUAGUUGUUUGAUGAUACAUUAAUCAUACAAUAGUUGUUUGAUGAUACAUUCAUGAGGCUACGCUUCAUGAAUAUCUUGUACCGCUGGAGUUGAUGUAUGAUACAUAUAUGAGGGCAAGCUUCAUGCAUAUUUUUUUUUUUUUUACAGUUUAUUGCACAUGCUAUGGAUUCUGCACUAUAAGACUGCAAUGCAUAUCUUGUAACACUGGAGUAUACAUGUUGAUGGAUCUACACACAUGAGGGCAGGCUUCAUGAAAUAUUGCUCAAUUGGAUGCAAAUCUUAA